UGGGACAUUCGCACGCAAAUCCGCUGAUUUGACACAUUCUGUCGUUGCCAAAGUAAUCGAAUACAACCAAUUUGGGGGAGGAUACAAAAGAAGUUCCAAUUGGAAUUAGAUUUUAAGCAAAUAAGGAAGGGAUCCUACUAGUUAGAAAGCACAAAAAAGGAGCAGGAUGUGGUUUAAAUAUUUUCUGUUAAUUUCCGUCAUGGGAUUUGUGGUGGUGUCUCCGGCAACAACGCACAAACAUACCCAAGGCGGCAGCAAGGAACGCAUGGAGGAUGGCUCGUACAGUCCCCGGGAUGCUCACCACUUUGAAGGGGGAGUGCAUCAGAAUGAAUUUGAUCAUGAAGCCAUCAUUGGGAGUGUCAAGGAAGCCGAGGAGUUCGAUAGGCUCACCCCGGAGGAGUCGAAGAGGCGCCUGGGAAUCCUUGUGCAGAAAAUGGAUCUCAACUCCGAUGGUUUUGUGGAUAGGCACGAGCUCAAGGCGUGGAUCCUACGAUCCUUCAAGAUGCUCUCACAGGAGGAGGCCAAUGAUCGCUUCCAGGAUGUUGACGAGGACAAUGAUGGCCUUGUGACGUGGAAGGAGUACCUGAAGGAUACCUACGGCAUGGAAUCCGACAAUGAAGCUAUCCAAUCCCUUGAGCAGAUCAUCGAGGAGGAGUCAAAACUAAUUGAGGAAGACAAGGUGAUGUUCAAAGCAGCUGAUAAGGAUGGUGAUGGCUUCCUCACACCAGAUGAAUUUGUUGUCUUCCUAAGUCCGGAGGAGCAUCCAGAAAUGUUGCCUCUAAUCCUGGAACAAACACUGAGAGAGAAGGAUUUGAAUGGGGAUGGAAAGGUGGAUUUUAAGGAGUUCGUUGGGGACUCUGCAAAGCACCACGAUAAGGAAUGGUUGAUUUCUGAAAAGGAAAAAUUUGACAGUGAAUUCGAUAAGGAUGGUGAUGGUGUCCUCAAUGGAAAUGAAAUCCUCUCGUGGGUUGUUCCGAGCAAUGAAGACGUUGCUACGGAUGAAGUUCAACAUCUCUUUGCUUCCUCAGACGACGAUCACGAUGAUCGCCUAUCUUAUGAAGAAAUCAUCUCAAACUACGACACAUUUGUGGGCAGCGAAGCCACAGACUAUGGAGAUCAUCUGCAGAACAUUCAUCAUUUGAGCGAUGAACUGUAAUCUCCCCCGAAUAUCUCUUAACCAAGGAUACAGUCAUUUCUUCUUGCCAUAUAAUCUUUAAAAUCAAAUUACAAUAAAAUUUUCAUUUAGAGUCAUGCCUCAUUUUAAAAAUAUUUAUUGUGUUCUAAAUUAAUUACCAAUAUUAUGCCAUUGAUUAAGUUUACAAAAAAUACAUAAAAUAGUUUAUAUUCAUUUUAUUUUAGUAAAUUAUGUGAGUAAAAAGUAAAA